AUGGCGGGACUGCAGAAGAUGGGCUUGCCAAAUCCCAGCUUUGGCUUGAGAGGACAAGGCUUCCUGAAUUUAAGAGCAGAUGAGUGCUGUACCCUUGAGAACUCACGAAGGAAACAACACUUAAAAGCUGUGGCUGCACGGCCCAAAACAAUUGCAAAGGCCAAGGAUUUCUAUAAAACCAGGCUGACCAGCGCACAUUCAAUCCCUCAGCGUGGGGAACCAUCGCGUAGCUGUAUGAAAUUCCAAAUCCAAUUCCGAAUGCUGGAAGUCCAAAAGCAUUCUGUGCACACGCUUGUGUUCAGAUCUUUGAAGAGAACCCAUGAUAUGUUUGUAGCUGAUAAUGCCAAACCUAUCCCUUUAGAUGAAGAAAGUCACAAAGUAAAGAUGGCAGUCAAGCUGCGUACAGAGUACGGCUCAGUGUUACACAUGCCUACUCUUAAAGAAAACUUGAGAGAGAAAGGAGGCCCAAACACCGGGGAUCCUUAUGGACACAAACAGUAUUCUGGAAAUCAAGGACAAGAACUUGAGUAUUUGAUAACUGGUACACAUCCGUACCCACCUGGUCCUGGUGUGGCUCUGACAGCAGAUACUAAGGUCCAGAGGAUGCCUAGUGAAUCUGCAGCACAGUCCUUAGCCGUAGCACUUCCUGCUUCCCAGUCCAGGAUGGAUGCAAAUCGGACAGCUGCUGGCGUGGGUGAUAUUUACAGGCAUGCCGGAAUAUCUGAGCGUUCGCAGCCUCCUGGGAUGUCCGUGGCUAUGGUGGAAGGUGGUGGAAACAAAAAUUCUGCGCUAAUGGCAAAGAAGGCUCCAACCAUGCCCAAACCUCAGUGGCAUCCACCUUGGAAACUGUACAGAGUUAUCAGUGGUCACCUGGGGUGGGUGAGAUGUAUUGCAGUAGAACCAGGAAAUCAGUGGUUUGUUACUGGCUCUGCUGACAGAACUAUAAAGAUUUGGGACCUUGCUAGUGGCAAAUUGAAAUUGUCUUUGACGGGACACAUCAGUACUGUACGAGGGGUGAUAGUAAGCGCAAGAAGUCCAUACCUCUUUUCUUGUGGAGAAGACAAACAAGUGAAAUGCUGGGAUCUUGAAUACAAUAAGGUUAUCAGACAUUACCAUGGUCAUCUAAGCGCUGUCUAUGGUUUAGACUUGCAUCCAACGAUAGAUGUACUGGUAACAUGUAGCAGAGAUUCAACAGCACGAAUUUGGGAUGUGAGGACAAAAGCCAGUGUGCACACGCUAUCAGGACACACAAAUGCGGUAGCGACAGUGAAGUGCCAAGCUGCAGAACCACAAAUUAUUACAGGCAGUCAUGAUACUACCAUACGGCUCUGGGAUUUAGUGGCAGGAAAAACUCGUGUUACUUUAACAAAUCACAAGAAAUCUGUAAGAGCAGUAGUGCUACAUCCAAGACAUUACACAUUUGCAUCUGGUUCUCCAGAUAAUAUUAAACAGUGGAAAUUCCCAGAUGGAAACUUCAUUCAGAACCUCUCUGGUCACAAUGCUAUUAUCAACACACUGGCUGUAAAUUCCGAUGGAGUUCUGGUCUCUGGAGCUGAUAAUGGUACUAUGCAUCUUUGGGACUGGAGAACCGGAUACAAUUUCCAGAGAGUACAUGCAGCUGUACAGCCAGGCUCCUUGGACAGUGAAUCAGGAAUAUUUGCUUGUGUUUUUGACCAGUCAGAAAGCAGAUUGCUAACUGCUGAAGCUGAUAAAACCAUAAAAGUGUACAAAGAAGAUGAUACUGCGACUGAAGAAACUCAUCCUGUCAGCUGGAAACCAGAAAUUAUCAAGAGAAAGCGAUUUUAGUGUGGCAACAUAUUACGCUGUAAUUUUGUUUUGGCUUUUCUGAGAGCAUUCAUGUUUUGUUCUGCCUAGAACAGCAGAGCAGGAAGUCAGCUAAGUCACUGCUAUUUCAACAUGUUUUAUAAUAAACUUUAUUUCUCUUUCCUUUUGUCUGUUUUUGGUGUGAUCCCAGCAAACCAGUUGCAGCUCUUAACUUUCUCUUUGUGGAGCAUGUGUAGUUCAUGAAAAGGAUAGCUGUGCAGGUGGUUACUUUUUUUCUAUGAAUCUGUUGAGUGUAAGUCUAAAAAUACUUUUGACCCGGGUUUUCUGAAACACCCUUGCUUGACUCCAAAAGUAAAUUGCAAAUUUAUGCAUAGAAGCCAUCUAC